AUGGAUUUUGAAACCUUGAAAUUCGAGGAGGGGCCAAUCGCUAUGUUUAAUCGCUUUCGUAAGGCGAUGAAAUUGGUGCAUUUUCUCGAAUUGCUCUUCCCUCUCGUGUUGAUUCCGUCGUCCUGGGCUAGAGUUCCGGCCGCCGUGAAAAUAUCCGGCGAAUUUGUGCACGAACUGUCUGUUAAUGUCUGCAAUCCACACGUCGUUUUCCUCAUCGGAAACGCCAUUAUUGCUGUUAUAUUCCUGCUCUGUCGCCAUACCGAAGCCUUGGAAGCAUUCGAUGAUAGCGUCCGCCAAGGUGAAAUUCAACCGCCGGCCGAUUCCUGUCAAGUGUACGCUCCUCCGCCGCAGCCGGAGACGGCGGAGAAAAUCGCAGUCAAAACGGUAGCAGUAAGAGAGGAAAUUAAACAGAUUGUUUGUUCGGAGAGCGUGGUUCCAAAACAGCAAAGCGAGGAGAUUUUUGUGGCGCUACAAAUGGCGACGAAGCAAAUUCAGAAGUUCCAUAGAACUCAGUCGGAGAAGCUGAAACGAGAGACUGCGUUUAGAUCUCAGAGGGAUCUCCGGCGAUCGCAGACGGAGCUGCGUCUGAAAGCAGUAAGCUCCAGUGCUACAGGAACAAUGGCGUCCGUGGAAAAUCUGAGUAAUGAAGAGUUUCGGCUUAGAAUUGAAAAAUUCAUUAGGAAAAAUCAAGAGUUUUUCAAAUUAGAAAACGGAAGAGAUGAAACCCAGCGUGCAUGA